CCUCCGCGUGAAGGACAGGCCAGACUCGUUAGCGCCUCCCCGCUUUGCUUCUCCAGCGGCUGCACGCGAGGGCUCCUCGCGUCCUCUCUAGGCGUUCCGGAGCAAGUUCCGCAUCUCUAUUGUCGGCCAGAAGGGCAGCCCACGUCCCAUCGUGCCCCGCGGCCAGGCCCCGGCCGCCUCGCCCCGCCCUCGCGUCGCGGAAAUCCUGCGGUCGCCGGGCUCGCGCUCAGGCUCCGCAGCGCGCGCAUGAGCGAGGGUCUCUGGCCCACCGGCGCGCGCCCGGACUGGGUCCCGAGCCCCUGAGGGAGGGGCCGCACUUUCCCCUCCCCGCCGCCAGCAGCCGGCCGGCCGCGCCCGCACCCGCGCCAGCACCCGCGCCCGCCCCCCGCGUCGGAGCCGAACCCGGGGCAGAGAGGCGGCAUGGAAGCCGAGGACCUGCAGGAGGACCUGACCUGCUCCAUCUGCCUGGACUAUUUCGAGGACCCGGUGUCCAUCGAGUGCGGCCACAACUUCUGCCGCGGCUGCCUGCACCGCAGCUGGGCGCCGGGCGGCGGCUCGUUCCCCUGCCCCGAGUGCCGGCAGCCUUCGCUGCCCGCCGCGCUGCGGCCCAACUGGGCCCUGGCCCGCCUGACGGAGAGGACGCGACGCCGGCCCCAGGGCCCCGUGUCCCCCGGCCAGUGCGGCCGCCACCGGGAAGCGCUGCGGCUCUUCUGCGAGGAGGACCAGCGGCCCGUGUGCUUGGUGUGCAGGGAGUCCCGGGAGCACCAGGCGCACACCAUGGCGCCCAUCGACGAGGCCUUCUGCAACUACCGGGAAAAGCUUCUUAAGACUCAGUGUAGUCUGAAGGACAAGAUGAAGAAAGCCAUAUAUUUUCAGGACAUGGAAAUGAAGAACAUUACCAAGUGGAAGGAGAAGAUGAAGAAUCAGCGAGUGACAAUCAGCGCAGAGUUUGCAAAGCUGCACCACUUCCUGGCAGAAGAAGAGCAGCUGUUUCUUCAGAGACUGAGCAAAGAAGAAGAAGAGACGAAGAAGAGACAGAAUGAGAACACAUUAAAGCUCCAUCAGAAAAUCACCUCCUUGAAGCAGCUCAUCUUAGAGGUCAAGGAGAAGAGCGAGAGCUCCAGCCUGGAGCUGCUUCAGAAUCCAAAAGAUGUGUUGACCAGGAGUGAGAGCCAGGAUGUGGACUAUUCCCUUGAAGUUCUGACGGUGAAGACUGUGUGCCAGAUUCCGAUGAUGAAGGAAAUGCUGAAGCGAUUCCAAGUGGCUGUAAAUGUAGUUGAAGACACGGCUCAUCCCAAGCUUAUCUUCUCCCAGGAUGGGAGAUAUGUGAAAAAUGGAGCAUCGGCCAGUUCUUGGCCAUUGUUUUCUUCAGCAUGGAGCUACAUCAGUGGAUGGAGGAACCGUCAGAGGAACGCGCAGUUUGUGGGAAGAUUUCAGCACUUACCCUGUGUUUUGGGAGAAAAUGUUUUCACUUCAGGGAAACAUUACUGGGAAGUUGAGAACCGGGAUAACCUGGAGAUUGCCGUGGGGGUGUGUCGGGAGGACGUCAUGGGGCUUGCUGAUGCUUCAGAAAUGGGCCCCCGUGUGGGCAUCUGGGCUCUCUGUUGGGGUUCCGCUGGCUUUCGGCCCCUGAAAAGCUCUUCUGUAAGUCCUACCAAGCAAGAGCCUGCUCUUAGCCGGGUGGGAGUUUUCCUCGAUGCUGGGGCUGGGAGCAUCUGCUUCUAUGGCGCUGUGGACGGCACGCACCUAUACACCUUCUCCUGUCCUCGCGUCUCUCGCCUCCGGCCAUUUUUUUGGUUGAGUCCAUUAGCAUCUCUAGUCAUCCCGGCAGCGACGGGUGGGAAAUGAGGCUGUUCCUCCCCUGCCCGAGAACCUGUCGCUGUACCCCGGUGCAGGCACAUGCACCCCUCAGCCCUCUUCUCUCUCCAUACGUACUGGUCCAGGCGACACGUCCAUACCGUCCAUUCGCUUGGCUCCCUGCGCGUGCUCUGCGUGCACAGGGAUGGCGGACCCAUUGGUUGCCUUUCCAGCGGCCACUUGCUGCACUUCCCUCCUCCUCUUCUGGUUCUUCUGACGGAACGGUCGGGGAGCACCGUCCCUGGGCUUCAGGGGAAGCAGCCCCACGUGAGGCAGUGCUGGCCAGUGAGCUGGGAGGAGGCAUUUUCUAAGGCGCUUCUGGGGAUAGAUUGUGUAGCUUUAAGGAAGAGGUGUUUGAGGAGACACAGCCCCUCUUGUGAUGUCAGCAGCUGUCUCAGGACUGAGGGGAGCACAGUAGCAGUGCACAGGAAGAAGAAACAUGGUCUUCGCUGGCAUCGCUGGGCUGUUGGAAUUUCCUUACCCUGACACUUCGUAUUAUAGGAGGUGACUGCUCCCUUAUUGUAUAAGGCAAUUCAGGUUGCCUUUUGGUAUAGGAUUGUCUCACUUUCCCUGAAAUUGGACAGCUCUGUAGGCUCUGUUUCUGUUCAGUCAUGUCAUUCCUCUUCUCCAGGAAGUACUGAGACCUCUCACUUUUCUGGAUCAGAAAGUUAAGGAAAUCUUCCCUUACUCUGCACUGUGACUCUUCUUUACCUGACCAAGUCUGACCAUGAACACCUCAGGUGUUCAUUUUGUUACCCAUCUGUCAGAUUCUUACACACUGUUUAUGCAGGAUGCUAACGUCACACCUCAUAUGUUGGGAGACACUCGCUAUGUAUUCAGACUGUGCUGCUGGCCUCUUCGGUAAUGCUCUCCUACGACUCCUGCAGAAGUUCGGUGUGGGAGAGGGAAAUUAAAAUCCUCUUUCUACAAGGAAGACAAUAAACUGUGAGACAAUAAACUUCUGUUACGUCAAGCCACCCGGUUUGUGGUUUGUUACGGAGUCUUAGGAAACCAGUACACUUGCCCAUCAGGACUUCCUCCAGUAUCUGCCUUAUUCAUUUCCAGUUUUUGGGAAACUCAUCACUACCUUUCCUCCAUCCUCCUCUGGGGCUGUUGAGCCAGGUUGACUGGUUCUAUUAUAAAGUCUUGCUCUCUGACUUCAGGUGGGUUCUUUGAGCUGCUUGGUGUGCAACUUUAUUUUUUCAUCCCUUGACUUCCUUUUACAUCUCUGGUGGCAGUGAUUCCAAACCAUUUCCUCCUUUCUCAAAGCUUCAUGAGCCCACCUACGUACCGUGGGGGAGGCAAACUUUACCAGUCUUAUGUUUUCAGCUGGGACUCUAACAAAAUGUCAGAUUAAUAAGAGAAAAACAGUUUAUUAACACAUGCAGCACACACCAAGCAGGAAAAACCUAAAAUGAAGAGUAACUCAAAGUGAAGGCUUAGAAUUGUGGCUUACAUAGUAUCUUUAACAAAGAACAAUACAUUUGUGGAAAAAUGACAGGAAAAAGUCAGCCUGCAAAGGGUGGCAGACUGUGGGAAGGUAAAUGCAUGUGAGGAGACUAAUGGAGUAAAUGUUUAUUUGCAGAUUCCUUGUUGGUGCAGUCUCCAGUAAAAGGGGAAUUUAUAUCCUGCCAUUUGGCAGGAAAGGGGAGCUUUUUCUGGGUUUGCUGCUCUUAAUUGCCUUCAGCUAAAAAUGAUUUUUAUGCCAAAGAGACCUAUUUUGGGCUGACACAUUCUGGUUUCCUUCAUUAUUAUUAAAGAACUUGCAUCUUUUACUGAGAAAAAUACUAUUCUCUUGCUCUACCUAUUUUAUUAACAUUUUUUUUGCCUCUUUUAAGUCUUGAUAUCGGCCCCUCUCAAGUAUGGGAUGGGACACAGGUAUCAUAUUUACUAAAAAUGAAAUAAACUCUUAUGAUGCCUCUGAUGUGCAAA